AUGGCUGGCUCAGUGACUUCCUCCGCCUCAUCCUCGUCAACGUCGUCCUCAAAUGCAUCAGGCUCUCGCAAACCUACCCGAAGGGCGUCUCGUAACGGUUCCAACGUAAACGUACAAGCUACGGCUAACCCGACCGCGGUCCCGGGUGCUUCCUCAAAUAGCCAACUAGAGCCCCCUAUCUCCAACCGGUCACCGCAGAGCCACCGUCGGCGACGACGUCGAAAUACAGUAACAACUCGAAGAGCUAGCGUCAUGGUUGAUCACGAUAAUGAGAUAUCGAUCAGUCAUGAGGUGGUCGAUACAGCGCGUACUGCUACCAUAGAAGGCAAUUCGCCAGUAGCUUCAGCCGCCCGGAGAAAUUCAGCUUUCUACCAGUUGCAGGUUCCCAUUCACCAAAACCUCUCUUCUACGAGUGUGGAUUCUACAGGGUUACUCGAUCAUCGGGAGCAGAGGUAUACACGACCACGGAGGUCGAGUACCAUGGGGCUGGGCGAGAUAUCAAAACCUCAUAGGCACCAUACUAUAGCUGGGAUUCCGACCUCGAACCGUCCCGUAUCUCCUGGUAAACGGCACUUCCACAACCACCCUCAUGGGUACUUCCAGGAUUACACCCAACCGUCCGAAGAUUUGACCCCUGAGCUCCGUCGAGGCCCCACUGGUGACUACCUAUCAGACACAGAAGAAGCGCCAGAUACCACCACGCCACUUCUCGCGCGAACUCCAGCUGGCGGCGAGCUUCAAUAUCACGCAACUGAACGAACUUCCCUUUUCACCAGUCGUCCCCCCCGCGCCGCCAGCGUCUCGUCCCGCAGCAGUGGCAACAGUAGGAAGCGAAAGCCUCAGCACCUCGCUGUCUUAAAUUUAGCCUACGGCAGCGUAAACUUCCCACCCUCAGUGCCAUCAUCACCAACGUUACAACCAUAUUCAUCCGGAAUAGAUGAAAGUAUUUCGCCAGGAACUCGUGGGGCGGGUCGUUUGAAUAGCGGGAUAGAAGACCAUGUCAUCAAUAUAGAUGACGGAUUAGCUCAACCCAGCGACCCGUUUUUGGACUCAACACCGCCUACACCCCCUCCUGGGAUUACCCGUCAGCGGACAGGGAUGGGCGAAGCAGAGGAGGAUGUAUGUUUUCCCGUCAGCGAUCGACUUACAGAUGGGAUGGGUACGCCGACUCGACCCGGCGAAAACGGUAGCAUACGCCAUGGACGCCGCAGGAGGCCAAGAGAAUGGCCCGACCUCGGCGUGUUCGAACAGUGGAGUCGUGAAGAAAAGGAGGAGCGGACAACAGCUGAGGGAAUACGCGCACGACAGGUUUCGGAGCCUGUAUAUGUUGGUGGAAGGCUUAGGCCUACGAUGAAGGGUUGGCACCGCGAGGUCGAGGAUUUACCCUAUCGGUUUACAUAUUUUAACGAUGAAUUGGGGGCGACAAUUCACGCGCAAACAAUUAGUGAGCUUGUUACGCCUGGGGAGACGACAUUUAGAGACUUGUUUAUGCCGCCCCCGAGGAGGGUUAGUAGCAGCAGUGAUGAAGAGAGUGACUGUGAGGACGAUCCAGAAUGUUUGAUUGAUAUUGGAUGUGGGAAAGGGAGUGACAAAGGCACCGCAACACCAAGGGGUGGAUUUGGCAGGGUGUCUGGCAGUGUGAGAGGUAGUGAAGAUUUGAGUGCACUCGAUGGGAUGGGGACAGCGAAUAAUAGUGGGAACUUCGGGGUUCCAUUCCGACAAGCGCCAACGAAAGACAGCCAAUUUACAAAUGCGACAUCUGCUGCCCCCGGCGCUGCUGUAUCAGGGGAAGAAGGGGAGAGGCCGACAUGGUGGCUAGAUGUUCUUAGUCCUACGAAGGCGGAGAUGAAGGUUUUCCAAGAUGCAUUUGGAAUUCAUCCGCUUACUGCAGAGGACAUACUCAUGCAAGAGCCGCGGGAGAAGGUAGAGUUAUUCAGGAAUUAUUAUUUAGUCAGUUAUCGGACGUUCGAGCAGGAUCCUACGGAUGAGGAUUACAUGGAGCCGGUGAAUUUCUAUAUUGUGGUCUUCCGGACAGGUGUUUUGACGUUCCACUUCUCGAUGACACCACACGGUGCAAACGUUCGACGUCGUAUUCGUCAACUGAAAGAUUACAUUGAUAUCACAGCGGAUUGGAUUUCUUACGCCCUGAUAGAUAAUAUUACUGAUGCCUUCGGCCCAAUCAUUCAAAUGAUUGAAGAAGAGUGCGACGAAAUCGACGAUGUGAUACUUGCAGAAGUGGAAACUUCAAGCACGAAACCGAAAUCUCCAACACCGUCGUUAGACCAAGGCCGCAAUUCAAAGCUCGAUUCUAUCCUUCGUCGUCCUUCGACUGCCGCAAGAUCCGAUGUCUCUACGAAUAUAGAACAACCUGAUGAUGCGAGCAUGUUACGAAGAAUUGCGACGUGUAGAAAGAAGGUUAUGGGACUGUACAGAUUGAUGGGGAACAAAGCGGAUGUGAUCAAAGGGUUCAGCAAGCGAUGUAAUGAACAGUGGGAUGUCGCGCCGCGCAGCGAGAUUGGGUUGUAUUUGGGAGAUAUACAGGAUCACAUUGUUACUAUGGUGGCGAAUUUAGUACAUGUGGAGAAGAUACUGAGCCGUGGGCAUAGCAAUUACUUGGCCCAGAUCAGCAUUAAGAUGAAUGAGAGGCAGGAGGAGACAGCAGAUACACUUGGACGACUAACAGUAUUGGGUACUAUUGUACUACCGAUGAAUAUCGUGACGGGUUUGUGGGGGAUGAACGUAUUGGUUCCGGGACAGGGGGAUGAAGACCAUUUGAUGUGGUUCUGGGGCAUUACGGCGGGACUUUUGAUGUUUGGCAUAAUGUGUUACUUUCUGGCAAAGAGGGUUUAUGGGAUUGUAUAA